ACGAUGUAGCACGCCGGUAACUCACAAACACAUGCAGUACCAGCAGCAGCAGUAAUAAGCGCUGGUAUUUGUCAGUCUUAAGAAACGUUUAGCUUUAAAAAGUAAUGUCAGAGAAAUCUCCUCAAAACUGGAUCCUCGUGCAUCCAGCUGUAAGUUUUAUCACCGUGUGUGUUCAUGUGUCUGAUGUUAAAUCGUGCAAUAAUUAGUGUUUUUUCUUUUCUAGUACCAGCAAAUGCAGAAAUUGGAGGUUGAAGACAGCGAACAGAUUCAUGCUGCUUUCCUGGUGUACAUGGACCUAACUGAAGGUGUGUGAAUCACUAUUAGAAUGACUGUUUUUCAGACAUUCAGAGAGAUAUGAACCAGUAACAGCUGAUGAUUAAACAGAUGAAAAUAAACAAUGAUGCCUUUUUAUUGACUACAAAAGUAAUUGUGUCAAAGGAAAUACAUCAAUGAUUACAUUUAGUCAGAGCCCCUGCUGCAGGCCUUAAUGACCACCAAAGUUACCACCAUUCUUAUGCUGUUUUUCUGCAGUGCGGAGGUGGAAGGAGGUGUCUUGUGUCAAGAGUCCAGAGCUGCAGCUGGUUUUGCUUGAGGGGAAAGAAAAGGAAGACACACCAGUGCAGACAGUCCUGCCUCUGCCUGUUCACAGAUCUCUGACCCACAACAGGUUUAAAAUCUAACUGUAACCUCCUUCUUUUAAAGACUACCAGUAGCUCUCAAAUUUUGCCAACUUUUGUUUUUCUCCUCUUUAUUCAGCAUUCGACAAGUGAUGGACAGAGGCUUCCCCAUGCUGCUGUGUGCUGUUGCUGCUGACUCCACCCUGGUCUACCAGAGGCUGACUGACGGGCUGGUGACCCCUGACCCUCCUGUUGGACCCUUCCAGGAUGUCGGCCGUCGAAAGCACCGCAAGAGACGACAACAGAACUGAGCAAGUAGAGAGAGAGAGACUACGCUUUGGUGUUAUAGGCCAAACAUAAAGGAGCAGAAAUGGUCAGUAGAUGAGCUAUUAUUGGUCACUUUGUCUGUCUCCAUGGGCUGCACCUGAAAUGAAGAGAAAGAUACACUGAGAACAUGAGCAGCAGGAGCAGAUGGACAUGACCACAGAGCGCCCUCUGAAUAUUCGGAGUGAGAUACUGAUGACCUCGCCUAACCUGUGAAGUUUGAGCUCCCAAAUGCCCAGACUUUUGCAAUUUCAAUGGCUGCCAAACUCAGUGGGCUGUGAAGAGAUCAACCAUAGAGAGAAUUUUAUUUUGAGCGUUCUACAAAUGAAAAGAAGAUGUUACAUUAUUUGCUGACUUACAAGAGGGAAAAGGAAUGAUUUUGUGUAUAAAUGCAUUUGUCUUUUUGCUGUCUUUAUUUGUUAUUGCUCAUGAGAAUCCUGACUUUGAAAUCACUUUUAUAGUUGUCUGUUUGCUCGCUACAAAGUUGAUUUCAAAAGCUCUGGUGAAAACCUGUGACACAAGCCUGAUGCAUCCAAUCCACAUUUCUGGAAUAAUGCAGUCAAAAGAGGACAACACUGUGAGGGUAACUACGAGCCCACUAUUCCUGUCUCUGACUGUGAACUUCUCUGUGUAUCUCUUCUGCAGGAACCCAAAGUGGACAUGCAUCCAUAUAUUUGAUUCACUCUGUUUUCUCAAGAUCUCAACUUAUUUUUCCUGACAUCUUGGCGUAACAGAAUAGGUUUGUCCAUUAUAAUGGACUCGUUUAUCUCAUGUUGAAUUCUUUCUGGUGUAAUGCUCUACACAACAAAAGACUAGUUAUGGUGGCAGAUGAGACCAUGACAUGCCAUGCUGCCACUGUCAUCACCAAUGAGAUAAGAGAUUUGUUUGUUUGUUUGUUUGUUUGUUUGUUUGUUUUUGGAGCUCUGGAGAUGAGUAAUAAUCAUCUUAAAUCAACUCAUUGUGACAGGUAAACAGAAUAAAACGUCUUGAUGCGUGUUCGCUCAGGGCUUCUGCACUCUCUACAAUAAAGUUGUUUAUCAAACUAAAAUGAACCAAUCAUUGCUCAGAGAGUUGUGAUUCUAAAGUGAUAUCCUAAAGCUGGAGAAUAAACUUGUCACUUGCAGUAUGAAAACUAUAUAUAACAAUGGUAAAAUGAGAACACUGUGUCCUGCCCUUUGUAAUGGUAUUUCUUAUUAAACAGCCAUGUUGCACACCAGUAUUACUUUAAAGCUGUUAUUGCCAAAUAAUAGUCAACAAAGCAGUGUAGCAUAAGGAAUGCAUUUGAACUGACUCAUAAUGAGUUUUUUUAAAGCAACAGUGUAUUAGUUAUGUUCGCCAUUAAUAUGGUCCACCAUUUUAACUACAUUUCAUUUGACAAAAUGUUAAUGAUUAAUGUAAUGAGUCUAUUUUUAAAUAAAAGAAUCAGGCAGUUCUGUUGGCUUUGCACUCA